UGUUUCUGUGUCCAUUACUCGUGUAGGCAUGGGACAGUAAACGGGGCUGCUCCAUAUGGAAGAUCUGAUAGCCUCUCUCGGCAGACAGGCUUGGCAGGGGGUUCCUUGCCCUCCAGGGAUUCAGAUCACAAUUCGUUGUACAAUGAGAAGAGAGAACGAGCUAUUGCUUCAGAUAAGGAAAGAGUGAAUCUCAGGGCUAUCAACAAGUCAAAUAUUCACGAUGAAUCCAAUUCUUCAAGCCCAAAAAUAAAUGUUACAGUUCGUGGUCCGAGAUCAGGAUCAGGGCUUCCUCCUAAACUUUCUCCGGUUGUCCAUAACACUCCUUCUCCAAGUGAUUGGGACAUUUCUGGUUGUACAAACAAACCUCCAUUGUUGUCUGGGGUUCCUAAUCGCAAGCGUAUGACAUCAAAUCGGUCUUCAUCACCACCUGUAACGCAAUGGGCCAGUCAAAGACCACAAAAGAUAUCCCGUGCUGCAAGGAGAACGAACUUGGUCCCAAUUGUUUCAAGCAAUGAAGACAUUCCUUCAUCAGAUAACAUGUCAGAUGUUGGUUGUAGUGAAACAGGUUUUGGAUUUCAAAGACGCUCGCCAGCAGCUUCUCCUCGAGUGAGAUUAAAAGGCGAGAAUAGCUUGUCUACAACAGCUUUAUCAGGAAGUGAAGAAUUUAGCCCCCCUGAGAUCAAAUCUAAAGACCAGGGAAAGCAAUCUGAUGAGGUCGAUGGGAAAGCUACUCUGAACGUUCGUAAGCUCUCCAUCACUGGUUUACAAUCGAGAAAGAACAAGCUUGUCCUUGGAGAAGGGCUUGGGGAUGGAGUGAGGAGACAAGGAAGGACAGGCCGUGGCUUUGGCUCAACAAGGUCUGUCAACCCAAUGGGAGUUAUGAGACAUGGAACAACAAAACAACUUCGCAGUGCAAGAAAUGACAAGAAUGAAAGCAGGGCAGGUCGUCCACCCACUAGGAAGCUCUCUGACCGCAAGGCUUACAAACGUCAGAGAAAUACAUCGGCAAACGCUACAACACUAGAUUUUCUUGAUGAUGGGCAUGAAGAGCUACUAGCUGCUGUUAACUCAGCUAUAAGCUUUGCUCAGAAUUUUCCUAGCUCUUUCUGGAAACAAAUGGAGCGCUACUUUUGCUUUAUAUCUGAUUCACAUAUCAAUUUCGUAAAACAACUGGGUGACUUCUCCUCCAUGGGUACUACACCAGUUGGGACAUCUUCAGACUUCGAUGGUCGUGAAAAUUUUGCCGAGGGACUUACAACCAGCAGAAUGGAUUCUAAAGCUUCGCCCCUUUAUCAGAGGUUGCUAUCAGCUCUGAUUUCAGAGGAGUCAGCCAGUGUAAAUGAAGAUUUACAAUUUGAUGGAUUUGGAGCCGAUGCUGAGUCAGAAUUCAGUGUCUUGAAUCAUAAGGAGUUCAAUGGUUAUAGAAGUGAUAGAUUGGAACUUGAUGAUCUAGAAGAUGAUGUGUCUGUUAUCCCGCUCAAGGGUGUUAACAGCUCACCCCACAAUGUCAAUGGAAGAUUUACAGAUCACUCAUCCAUCGACUUCUCAGACAUUCAAUAUGAAACUCUGGGGAUAGAUGAGAAGAUAUAUUUGGAAGCUCAAUCUAUUGGCAUUUGCUUGGAAACCAUGCCUAAUAUUUCAAACACGGAGGAUGAAGGAAUAGUCGAGGAGAUCAAAACGUUAGAGGAGGCUGUCUACGAGGUGGGUUCCAAGAAGAAAGAGAUGUUGAAUCGGUUACUAACGCCUGCCCUAGAGAUGAAAGAACGUCAGGAGAAUGAGUUUGAUCGGCUCGGUUACGAAAAACUCAUCGAAAUGGCAUAUGAAAAGAGCAAGGCAAGUCGGCGGCAUCACUCCGCUAGUGGAAAGAGUUCGGCUAACAAGAUAUCAAAGCAGGUCGCAUUUGCUUUCGUGAAACGGACGCUUGGAAGAUGUCGUCAAUUUGAAGAGAUAGGCAAAAGCUGCUUUAGUGAGUCUACAUUCAAGAACAUCCUCGUUGCUGGGUUGACACAAGUUGAAGAUAAUCCCACGGACAAGGAGGAAGAUAUUUUAUCAGCUUCAACACCGAUAGGAUCACAACCAAGCUCAUCAUUGGCACAGAACAGAGAGACUUCUGAACAUACUUUACGGGAAGGGAAAGAUGAAACGAUGUGGUCAAAUAGAACGAGGGAGAGAGAGUUGCUACUUGAUGAUGUGUGUGGGACACCAUUUUCAAGCAGUACAAAAGGGAAGAGAAGUGACAGGGACAGAGAUGGAAAAGGACAGGCGGCUUCAUCAUCGAGAGGUGGAGGAACUAACAAGAUCGGUUGGCCUGCACUGUCCAAUAACGCCAAGGGUGAACGGAAGUCGAAAACCAAACCUAGGCAGAAAGCAACUCCUAUGUUUUCUUCUCCUUCUGUCAGUAUCCCGGAGCAGAACAGAACAUCAUCGUCCAAACCAACUAAUAGCAACAACAGCGAGUAUAGUAACUUGGAGACACUGGACGAGACAGAGCCACUCGACCUAUCUGGCCUGCAGAUACCAGACGGUUUAGGUGGUCCAGAUGAUUUCGACGCACAAGCAGGAGAUCUAAGCUCAUGGUUGAACAUCGAUGACGAUGUGUUACAAGAUAAUGAUAUAGACCUCCUUGGACUUCAAAUACCCAUGGAUGAUCUUUCAGACUUAAAGAUGAUGGUAUAAAGCUCCCACCCUUAUGUCUUUAUUUCUGUACAGCCUCCUCUGUUAUACUAUUAGCGAAAAAGAAAGAUGAGUAAAAGGAAAUACAAGUUUUGGCUCCCAGAAAGAAUAACCACUCACCAUCAGUAUCAUCAUCAUCAUGUUUAGGGGCUCUUUCUUUCUGUUUCUUUAUAGGGUGAUUACUAGGGAUGGUGGUGAAACUGUUUUUGUUUAUUGGGUGAUGGGUGGUGUAUACUCCGGCGGUUAAGAUAGGUCAGUAGUUAAAAACGUCGGGAAAGAUAGUGAUAGUAAUGUUGUGUAGUGAUAUAUAGAUAAGUCUCAGGUUUUCUUUUUUCGCUUUUGUAACCUCAGAAUCAUUAUUGUUGCCUCUGUACAUACAUUUUAUGUUCCUUAAUAAAAUUCAGCUUCUAAUA